AGCAGUCGGCGUGACAUGGAUGUGAGUUUUACGAACGUGUUGGAGGGGGCUCGCCAGUACUUUCAGGGACUGCCAGCGCCAAGUGCAACAACACCAUCGGACAAUCGUAUCUACGAUGAGCAGUCAACAGUACCCCAGAGUAGUCAAAAUUCAUCAGCAAUCGAUUCUCGUACAGAGGCGAGAUACAAUGAUGCGAAUAAACUCGAUAGCCAGCGUGAUAGCAGCCAAAUUGCUGAUUCGUACUGGAGUACAACUAGUGAAUUGCGUACUAUUGAGCCGUAUCCCCCACAGCCAACGCGCGUCGAUGUGCCAGACACGAGGCCGGAUGAGAGUGGUGAGUGUCCAGGUAGUCCACCAACAAGCCUCACGGAAAUGCAACCCCCAAGUAGACCUCAGUCAACCCACCGUCAGAUGAACGAGCAAUUGUACAACAAUUCUCCAAAAUCUCACUCACCACCACCGGUUUAUCAACAAUUGAAUAGUGUUACGAGGCCUUCAUCAUACCGUUCAACAACGGAAAUGCUGAAUUCAUCUAAUCACACGAGUUAUCAAUCCUCUGAUCGUCCACCAAGCGCCCCGGUCGCACAGAGAGCUCAGUAUUACCCGCGUUAUCAUCAUCCGGAUAUAACGAAAAGUGCCCCAGCCCCUUUCUCUCAGAACUCCAUCUAUCAGGCGCCAACGCCACAAUCAACUCAUAAUCCACCACAAACACAGCCACCAGGACGUACCACCACAACCGAGGAGAAUUCUCGUAAUCCUCAGCAGGAUACCCCAGCCUACUCAGUACCUCCAACUAGUACUCCUCUUUAUCCAUCCGGAAGCUACCGAUCCUCGACAAAUCGUCCAUCGGAUCCCAUACAUUCCUCCUCAUCAACAUCCUCCAACUCAAAUCCCUGCAGUCCUCGUCAUGCCCAAACCAGUCACAUUCCUUCGCCCCACAGUCAUCCUGGACACAUUCCUUCUCCUCAUCUGCCAGUACCAUCAGUUGUUCCAUCCUCACUGUCGUCGUCCCAUGGACUAUCAACCCAGAAUCAGCUCACUAGUCGAUUAACCUCAACCCAUCAGAAUCCAUACGCUAAUAGAUCAGCAAUACCGUACACGGCUGUUAAUCACAAUCAGCAAAUGCUGCCACCUCCAUCACCGAGUUAUAACCUUGGUGCAUCGCAUGAUUCAACAGGCCGUCAUGCAAGCUCACCACAGAGACAAUCACCGCACAUAACGGUGCACACUGGACAUCCUAUUUCCCCUCAUCAUCACCCAUCAUCACCCCACAAUACCACAAACUUUCAGCCUCACUCCCCGACGUAUCCACCGCCACCACCGCCUCCUCCUCAUCCAUCAUCACAUCCAUAUGGACUUCAAUCAUCGUCUCAGCAGCACCGUCCAGUCUAUCCGAGUGGCUAUCCAGGUUCUUCUUAUCAUUCCUAUCAAAAGGCAAAUCAAGGUUAUCCUCAGACAUCGCGAACCUAUUCUCAACUUCCGGUGGCGGGACCAUCGCCAACCCAAUCAUCAACUAUCAAUCCCACAUCAGCGACCUCUACUGAUGCCAAUGGCAGCUAUCUCAACUCAACAAGCAAAUUACCAUACAAUGGGACUGAUCCGAAAGCUGCUCCAGGUCCAGCGAGUCAGUCAAAUUCUUUUGCUGGCUACAGAAUGCCAAACGCAUCGAGGAAUGCGAAUACGCACAAUCUACCAAUUGCCGCAGUAUCCUCAUACCAUUCCAACAGAAAUUCAAGGGAUGCGAUGGGUAAAGCUCAAGCGUUGCCGAGACAAAGGCCCUCCAAUUCAAUUACAGUUCCAUCAGUUCCUGUUGUACCUCGCGCCCCGGACUUCAUCCCAAUGACUUCAGCAGUCAACGAACGCCUGUCAGUGGUUACAAGUGCGUAUACGUAUUCAGGUCAACAGAAUUACCGAGCGUAUGCUACAACAGUUGCACCGAGUCAUCACAGCAGCUCUUCCACAACGACGGUGACGUCAAUUGUCAAUGACACGAGACCGAAUCAGCCGUACGCAGUGACGGUGCACUCGCGUUCGUCUUCCGAAUCAAGUCGACCGAUUCCGAUUCCCCAGCGGGUGGAUAACUACAAUUACAAAGACUACGCGUAUACAAAUUCAUCGAGUCAGCCUGCAUCGAGGAUACCGUCGACCCCUUCACCUCAGGCGAAUGGGCUGCCUAUCAGAAAACGGGAAUCUCCUCUCGAUCUCUCUGUCAAGACUGUAAAGACAUCGGCGGACUCGACCGCACGCGAUGAUCUCGAACCCGGUGAUAAGCAGGUGAGUAGUUCUAGUGUAGUCAACACGAGAAGAAUGCUACCACCGACACAACCUGGUGGAUACCCAAGUUUCGAUAGAAAUGCCAAUGGUCGGACUUCUGUACCAACUCUCAGGCCAGCAACACCGCAGAUGCCGGUAUGUGCGCCAAAGGUCGAUUUCCUCCCGGACUUCAAUUCGGGAUCACUGAGGCAUCAUCCUGGUCAGCCAAAUCACCAACCGGAGAAUGACUUGCGAAGGAAUUCGUCCCAACAGCUGUACGUGCCACCUCAGCAUCAAAAUGUGAUAUCCAACGUUCCGUUGCCGCACAUGUCGACGUUUAAGAAGAGCUCGAUAUCGUCGACAUUGUAUGACGUCAAACCGGGACUGACGUCAUACCCUGCGAUGAGUGAAGCUGCCCGGCCCCCAAUGAGGUACCUGGAGCCUACGCGACCUCAGGGGCCAAGUGACUAUCCGUCGGAAAGUAGCAAGUACUACUCCGAGGGUCGCGGCAAGUUUCCGACGAAACGGCCUGGUGAGUCACUUUACAUGGCGAGUGGCAGCGGUCCCAGUAAACACCCACGGAUUGAUCAUUGGAAGCUGGCUAUCGAUAAAGAGAUUCAACAGAGACUCAAUGCUGCGCAGAUUCUCAGGGACCAGCAGCAGAAACGGCAGGAGAAUACUCAACCGACGUCGAUAUCCAAUGGGACCAUUGUGACACCCUCAUACCCACCGCGGACCGACAACUCACGGUAUCCAUCUGCAUUCUGUGAUAAACGGAACUACCGCAAUAGUCUUGAGAAUAAACAACAGAGAGAAGAGCAGAUGAAUAGCCAGCAGCCAAUCCUGGUUAAUCAUAGUCAACAGAGUUUCCAGAAUAAAGUUGUUGCACCAGUCGAGCCCAAAACGAAUAUCGGUCGACAUAAUUUGUCGCCGUUCACAGCUGCAAGUUUGCUGGAGAGAAAUAGUAAUACACCGCCGCAUUACAAGUUUCAUGUGCCAAGGGCGGUGGACUCGAUAACUCAGGAAACACCGAGGAGUCUAUAUGGUUCACGUGUUAAUGCUUCGGCGACGUUGCCGGCAGGUAAGGAAGCGCUGCUCGGUCCACGGGACGAGAAUCAGAUUAUCCGCGAUAAAGAUGAUAGUUUAGCCGCCAUGAUAGCCGCCAAAAUCCGAACUAAAGCGGAACUGAAGCAAGUUGGUACGGGUCAACUGUCCAAACCUGUGUUAGGACCAUUUCAGGAUUCUCACGAUCUCGAACGCGCGGCAUCUACGUCGACGCCACAGUCCAUCGCUUCCUCUGUGGGGAGCCCGCCGAAGCUCACACGAGAGAAGACACCGUGCUUGCCACCGCGGAGAAGACUCUUCUCGAGGUCCGAUGAGGAUAAUCUUCCUGUUGCCGCAACAGUACCAACUCCUGCUGCCAUUACACCAGCGGCAUCUGUAGUUUCUGCCCGGAACAGCGGCUUCCGCAGUUCGUCUGAGACUUCUGUUUUUGAUUUUCGGGAAAGUGAUUCCGAGACGGAAAUGCCAGUGCUUGAGAGACAGACUUUGGAAGAAAUGCGGCGCGAUCGCAAGCAAUUAUCCAAAGUUCAGCCUCCGGUGCCUCUUAAUGACGCGAUGUGCAUGGGGAUAGGAGCAUCGGAUCUCGUGAAGAUCGAGCUGAAGGAAAAUGACAAGAUCACCGAGCUCGAUCCUUUCUGGACGACGACCUGUGAUAAAUUUAUGGAGCAGUUGAGAAGUGGCGAGAAUAGCAAGAAGAGGGGGAGGAGGAAGAAAGUGGGUGAACCAGAGGAUGAUAGUAAGGAGGGACAUUCCCGCGAAAUUGAGAUCAAACCCGAGGAUAUUAAGAAGGAGAUUAAUGAGGAUGAGUCGGUGAGUACAAAGCCUGAUGAAAAUGUUAACGAGACUGAAUUAAUAAAAAGUGAGUCUGAAAGUUCCUUGAAGCCUGAAGCAUCGAUUAAGAAAGAACAAAUGGAAGAACCGGAUGUACCUGAGGAGCAGGGCAACUCCGAUAAUGACUCGGACGAGCUUCCCCUCAGUAAACGCGCCUCGAAGAAAAAGAAAACUGAAGACAGCGAUGAUGAUGACAUCAUACCGAAGAAACGAUCGAUGAGACGGGGGAGUAGAAUCAAACUCGCGUCAUCCAGCGAGAGUUCUUCAUCGAGCGCGGAAGACAGUGAUGGGAGCGAUGAGUUCGGAGGUACGUCCGUCGCUCAUCGAUUACGAAAUCGCAAACGAUCGGGCGUUGGUGAGGCUGAGGGGAUGAAGCUGAGGUCUCGAGAGAUGGGAGCUCAGAAGACAAAGGACGUCGGAAAGUCAGCCAAAUCGAACUCGCUUCAGAAGCCGAAGCCAAAGCCAUUGUUCGGAGACGGGAGUGAUUUUCGGCCUGGUUGGGAGGAGGAAGUUUACGUCUACAAAAAAUCCCUGCGCAUGCCACCACGUCUCAUUAAUGUCUCGAAACCUUCUCGCUUUCACCGCCUGUCGACAUCCCUUCCUGAUCUCGAUCCUGGCUCUCCGGCAUUGUCAGUCUCGAUGGAUAGCAGUGAUGUCUGCCUGCAGAAACGGUCAAAUGACAGUGACGUAGAGUCAAACUACAGCUUCAGUGCUGGACUUAGUAAGAUUGAUGAUGAAGAAGCUACAUCAUCAACGACUAUGUCCGUCCCCUCCAAAACGACCACGCGGAUGAAACGAUUAGAGUCCAAUUCGAUCAUUGAUCUACUCGCGCUGAAGGUCGGAGGUAACAAGAAGGAUCUGAAGAAGAAGGGUAAAGAUCAGAAACCAGGCAGCAAGAUCCUACCAAAAGGGAGCAAUGAACCCGAGUUAUUACCGACUCCUAGUCUGACUCCUCUCAUGGGAAAUGAGACGCCGAAGACGCCGGGUAAGUCCCCGGCGAAGAACAAUAAGUCCGUCAAACCCAUCAACGUCACGGACUCUUAUCUUCUUGGCUACUUCCGGAAAGAGACUGUCAACAAUUUUAGGGAUACUUUCAAGAACAACCAUGCACUGCCUAACGAAUUCUCCACAUUCGUCCUGAAGACAAGGACGAGAACUGAAACGCGGGUUCUGAAAAAGCAAGCGACGAUCAGAGAAGUUUUUGGCGAGGACAGGCCAGCAUCAGCUCCGCCAAUGCAGAAUCACGCGGGUGACACCUCUCAGGAUGAUGACUCACAGACUGAAACUAAAGAAAGUAUAUUGGGUAGGACGAAGACGUUGAAGCAAAAAGUGGUGUCAAGAUUGAGGAACGUAGGCAUUCUCAGAAGUCAUAAAGCGAUUAUGAACUCCAAACGGCAUCUGUUAACGGUCGAGAGGCGGAACCUCAUGAAAUCACUGGCUGAGAAAAAGAUCGAUAUCAAGAAAGAGGUCAAGCAGGAAGUGGUGGAGGAUGGUGAGCCUGACGAAGAGGUCAAUGAGGGGGGCAAUGAGAGCGCUGAGAUCCAGGGGAAAAAGAAGUUGAAGCUCAGAACGGGUAGAAGAAAAUUCCGAUCCGGAUUUGAUUAUAUUAGAAAAAAGAAAAAGCCGAUGAAGAAGGAUGAAGGAGCGCCCAAGGAGAGGAAACGACAAACCCCGGUGAGACCGAAUGCUGAAUGUGUGGCAGACAUUCAAGCGGAAAUCAGAACGUGGGUUAUAAAGAAAGGGGUGGGAGAAACAGUUCUCCAUCGUGCAGCUAGACUCGGAUACACCGAUGUGGCUGCUUACUGCUUGGAGAAGCUGAAUAGCCCACCAAGUCCCAAGGACAAUGCGGGAUAUACACCACUUCAUGAGGCUUGCUCCAGGGGGCACCUACAAAUUGCCAAACUAUUGUUGGCGUACGGGGCGAAUGUUAGCGAGAGUGCAAAUGGUGGAAUAAGACCGCUUCACGAAGCAGCAGAAAAUGGUGCUACGGAACUUGUGCGACUUCUACUGUCGUACGGUGCUGAUCCGGUGCUGGCAACUUAUUCUGGACAAACACCCCUCAUGCUGGCAGUUGACACUGACGCAUAUCCAAUUAUCGAACAACAUUUGGACGACGUUCAAGGCCGCUCGAGUACUCCAUGGAGUUUCUCCGGGCCUUCUUCCAUAUUCGACGACGAAGAGACGGGUUACGACGCUCUGUUGGAGGCGCCCUCACCGAUAUUAGACCCUGAGCCCGAUGAUCUCGAAGUUGAAAUGAGCGAGACAAAUCUCCCCGUGCUAUUUACACUGGCCAAUGAUCCCGACAAAUGGGUGCUACUGCAGGAUUUAAUGUCGGCAGUGCGAAUGAAGAGUCGCGAUGCUCUUCUACGUCAGAUAAAUCCAAAAGCACCGUCAGGACCACCAGUUGUGGCUCAUCGCGAUGUUAUGAGAGAAUUAAAACUCCAUGAUUUUCUUGAGCAGUCGAGGUGCUGCCACCUGUUGAGCGCUGGUGAACGAAUUAAUGUGAGAGCAUCAAAGGUAACGCUUAUUAAGUACAAUGAUAAGGUCAGGUCACUGUUGAAUGUUGAGAGAGUCGUUAUCAAUCUGAGGUGACAUGAGGCGCCGCUGGAGAGCACCUGCGGUUAUCAGGGGAAUAACAGUAGGGAUAGGGUAACGACUCUCCAGUCAGCGCCUUCUAUGUCUGUUAAUUCUAAGGCUAGUGGUAAGCGGGAGGGAAAGAUCGGGAAGGUGAUGAAACGAGAGAGAUUGAGGAAGAAAAAUCAAGUGGUGGGGAAAAUUUGAGGGGAGCUAGGGGAGAUAAGUGCAAUUUCACCGCGAGUUUUUCCGGCAUAACUUUUUCUAUUUUUUUUUUGUGAUUUGAUUUAGGAAAAAUGGCUCGACCGAUUUUUGGGAAAAUGUUGGGUAAUUCGGGUGUUUGUUUCUCUCGUUUCUCGUAAUUCUUCCAAAGAAACUCAAAAUAAUUGCAAUAACCGGAACUAUCAAGGAGGAAAUGAUAAAAACUAAGCAGCGACCUGUGACAUUAAAUUAGUUGAAUACUUAUCCAAGUGUAAUAAUCCUAGAUAAUAUUUUAUUAAAUAAAAACUGCCGUCUCACAGCGGAUGAUUAAGGAAUUUUAAAUCUUAAUGAUACGCUUUUAAUAGAUGAAAAAACUGCCGCUAUGACAAUAGUACGUGCGUACGUCUUCGUGAAAUGGAUUUGCGUUUUUUACAAAUUCAAUUGAAUUUCACAUAAACGUUUAUGAUUAGCGAAUUAAUUAGUUUCUUUGAUUUGUUGAGUGUUUAUUGAGGCCGGAGCUUACGUAAAGAUGUUGAUAGACAAUGGGAAUUACUGGACUAAUUAAUCGAGCAAUUAAUUACCGAGAAUGAUUGCCUGUCAAUUUAAUUCAGUGAUGAAAUCUAGAAUAAAAUUUUGAAAACUCCAUUCGAUACUUUUUCCCCUGAGAAUUCUCGAAAAAAACGUCAGGAUCAUUCUUGUUUCAUAAUUAAUUAAUCAAUUAAUUAGUUAGAGCUGUGAGAUAUGAAUUUUAAAUAAGCAAAUCUCGACGAUUUAUAAACACCUGAAAGAUUAUUCCAGACAUGAGACGUAAAUCACGUGCGCCAACUGUUUUUAUCAUUAUUAACGAAAAUGUUACCACAAGAUUAUUAUUUAUGUUUAUUUCUACGAAUCGUGAGUUGCUUAGGUCUAGCAUUUAAUUGGUUAUUAUGAGUUUAAUGGGUAAUGUAAAUACUGAGUUAUUGAUUUAUUACGUGGUAUAGGAUGUUUUAAGUGUUGGCAAGUGCAAUUGAAUGGUUUUUCUAUUCUAUGAUUUUCAUCAUUAGGCGAUUUUGCGGAUAAAAGAUAGAGGGAGGGGGGCGGGGAUGAUUACAUUCUUAUCAGAGAGCAGCGGAAAUUUUCAAUCACAAACUCUUCAAUUUAUCCAUUCUGCCCCAGCUGUUAUUAAGAUAAUCGAUAUUGAUGUUAUCGAUCGCGAAACGGUUUUCGACGGUUGCGGGUGAGGGGGCGGAACCCAAUGGAUUUAUUUAUAGGGUUUAAAAUAGGAAAUUUCCCUGGCUAUCGAAUGAGAGGUGAAUCAGCCCUCUGGGUUAUCUAUCUCUCGAGGUAUUGGGAAAAUGAGAGGGACCGAUUUUUAUGGUGCACUUCGUAAGUUGAGAAAAUUGGAGGAUUUUAUUUUAUAUCAGUGGAAAAUACUCUUGGGAGUGAAAAUGUUAUCGAUCAAAAUUCCUCUGUUGAGAAAUCAUCGUUGUGCAAUAAUUAAUUGGACUGAUGAUUUCAAGUUAUUUAUCGUGAUUUAGGGAUGGCGUGAAAAUCCAAGAACAUUUUUUUUUUAUUGAAAUUACGUACUUACGUCUUUCUGUAUCUUUGCGGAAAAUUCAAUAGUAAUUCCAGUGACCGACAAAUGGAGUUCGUCAAAAAUUAUAACAAAUCAAUCACUUAAUUUUCUCCGAAAAACAACUGGAGAUCUCAAAGGUAAAAAAUUCAACAAUCAUGUUGAGAACUCAAUCUCUCCUUCUGAUUUACAAGAACAAUCUAUAAGAAAUCCUGCGUAUAUUAAUUAAUUAAGAAACUCCUGUAAUUAAACUCAUCUGAAUGUUUAGUUGAUUGUAUCCUAGGCUAUCGUCCUGAUAACUAAAUAAUUCAAUCGAUAUAAUCAGUCUCAGGGAAGUAAAUCUAUGUUUAAACGAAGUAAUAAACAACCGAAUAAUUAAUCAGUUGAAAAAAAAAACAUUUGAUGAUCGAUUUAAUGAUGUAUGUAACAUGUACAUGUGUAGAAUAGUUGUAACUUCCUGCAGAUGUAUAAAAACAACCGAAUAAAUUAACGAAUUAAGGACGAAGAAAAAAAAAUGCCGAAUGAAACGAGAAAAUUGAUUAUCCGACGGAUAAUUCUGACAAAAGUGUAUAUAAUUAUUUUACAAACAAUUUAAAAAAAUGAAAAUAAGAACAAAAAUAGAUGAAUCAUGAACUUUGAGAUACGUUCCAACUCGAUAAUUAACAAAUUAGUGUACGUGAGUAGAAUUAAUUAAGAUUCGAUGUAAGAACAGCAGAAAUUGAAAAUGCUUGUGUAUUUUUAAGAUGGAGAUAAUUAAAGUGUACGUAGAAUCGAUGAUUAAACGUGUAAUUUAAUGUAGUUAAAUGUAAUUUUUUUUUUCUCGAGAACAAUGGGAGUCACUCUUGUAUAAAUGAAAUUUACUGUGCUAUAACAUUAAUUCGCUUUUUUAAUGUACGAUAUUGGUAGUUGAGGGAGUGGAAGAGUCGAUGUAAAUUUCUUUCUCUCCUUGAAAUAUUUGUAUUUAGGAGUUGGAGAGGGUGACGUUAGUUGAAGGAACUUUUAAAUGUGUUAAUGGCUAAUGCUUCAUGGAGGUGAUUUACGUGGGAUAAUGUAAAGAGUGAAAAUAUAUAUUAUAUAUUUAAGUUCAAUUUGUUUUGAAUUUUCUAGGGAGAGCUGUUUGGCCUCACCGGGGCUCUCGAUCUAAAUUUUGGCAUGAUUUUUUGUUUUUUGAUGAAGGUGGAGUUGGCACUCUGUGAUUUGUAAAAAUGGAUUAUAUGGAAUUCAAAGCAAUUAUCGUUUUCACUCUACUGUCUAUUCGAAUAAAAUCAUGAGGAUUUA